CCCUUUCUAACUUGUGUUAUGUGAAAUUGUCAGGUGAUUGUUUUUCAUCGAUGUGUGGGAUUGGGAAGCUAAAAUCUCUUCAAAAACUGAAAAUAUUUGAUCUUAGAGAUGCGAGUGGUUAUAGAAUUGGAGAGCUGGAGAAUAUGAAUGAACUUUGCAAAUUAGGAAUCAAUUGCCUUGAAAAUGUUAAGGAUGCCGAGGAGGCUUGUAGUGCCAAAUUAUGUGCCAAGAGGAGGCUCACAGAUCUAGCCUUACGUUGGAGUAACACUGAUUUGAGGAACUUCGAUUUAGAUGAGAACGUGCUCGACAGCCUUCGGCCACCAAAAUGUCUAAGGAAUCUGAGUAUAUGUAAUUACAUGGGUGCAAGGUCUGCAAUAUGGAUGAACAAUGUCAAUCUGCUCUCCAAUUUAAAGAAAAUUGAGAAAAUCAAUUUGUGGAAAUGCUUGGAGUGGGAAACUCUUCCUCCUUUCGGGCAACUUCCCUUCCUCAAGUCACUGAAACUUUCUAACAUGCCAAAAGUAAAAUGGCUCGAAAGUAAAUUUAAUGGGAAUGAUACAUACCGUGCCUUUCCAUUGCUAGAAGUGUUAAAUAUUGAGAAAUUAGGAGCAUUAGAGGAUUGGUUUGAGGCAGGAGUAGCUGCUGAAGAUGGAUGUUUGUUUCCUUGCUUAAUUAAACUGGUGCUACUUGACUGCCCGAAGUUGAAAGAGUUGCCCUCUUUGCCUUCUAAGCUCAAGACCUUGAAGAUAUAUAACAAUAUGGAGUGGACGACUUUGAAUUUUUGUAGCAGUUCAAAUCCUAUUCCCCUUAAAACAUUAGAGGUGUUUGACUGUCGAAACAUUACAUCUCUUCCUCUGGCUGAUGAAAUAGCAAGACUUGCAGCACUUAGAUCCUUGACAAUUACAAAGUGCCCCAAUCUGAUCUCUCUCGGAGAAAUGCAAACCACUAAUAAUUGCCAUCUCAUGCUCAGCGAUCUUGAAAUAAGUGAUCCAUCGGUGUUGCUAAUGGAGCCAUUGAGAAGUAUCGCCUCCUUAAAAGAGCUGAUUAUUGCGGUUAAUGGUGAGGUGGUUUCAUUUCCAAAUGAGGCGGAGCAGUGGUUUCUGAAUGUUAGGUCUUCUCUUUCGGAGCUGUAUUUUGUAAAUCUCAAAUCCUUAGAGUCUCUCCCAUCCUCCUUGGAAAGCUUAUCUUCACUUCAGCUUCUACAAAUUGUGAAUGUUCCUAUGCUUCGGGAAUUACCGAACCUUCCUACCUCUUUGAAAUCUCUAGCAUGUGGGAUGUGUCAUCCAGAUUUAAAGGAGCGCUAUCGAGAGGAUGGAGGCUCCGAUCGCCACAAGAUUGCUCACAUUCCGAAUAUCAAUAUAUAA